AUGGAGAAAGAACUGGUUGCAUUCGAAUCGGAUUCGGAUAUUAUGCUUUUUAUAUCCACAGCACUGUCUACGCGACUUUGUUUGGCGACCAGCCCCCUGACGGGUCCGGGUGGAGAUGAUGAGGAUUUGGGAACGUUUCAUGCCGUAGGAUUCCAUUAUAAGGAUGAUGAACUCAUUCAACUUGCCUUUCUACAAAAGUGGAAUGGGGAGGGAAAGAAGAAAAUGCGUGACUGUAACAAACAGAAUGACACGGCUGUACAGCUGUGA